AUCUGAUCUGGACUGAAACCCUAGAGAGCUGAGGUAUAUAUGCGGCAUAAACCCUAAGUAGUCUUGUUUCUCCGGAUCUUCACUUAGUCGGCGAUUUCUUCCCGGCAGUCAGUCAGCUCAGAUCUGCAGUGCUUGUUCAUUGUCGAGCUCGUGGUUAUAGACAGAGAUGAAGGUGGUAGCUGCUUAUCUGUUGGCCGUUUUGGGAGGGAACACCACUCCUUCGGCUGAUGAUCUGAAGGGCAUCCUCGGCUCUGUUGGGGCUGAGGCUGAUGAUGACAGGAUCGAACUACUUCUAUCUGAAGUGAAGGGUAAAGAUAUCACGGAACUCAUUGCUGCUGGGAGGGAGAAACUCGCCUCAGUGCCUUGUGGUGGCGGUGGUGGUGCAGUUGCUGUUGCAGCAGCUGCAGGUGGGUCCCCAGCUGCUGCAUCUGGUGCAGCUGAACCGAAGAAGGAAGAGAAAGUUGAGGAGAAAGAAGAAUCAGACGAUGAUAUGGGUUUCAGCUUGUUCGAUUAAGCGGGCGGUCUGCUUCAUGUCAUGUUUGAAUCAAUGGGUUGCUUAACAUAUUUUUGUUCCCUAGAAGUAUGCAGAUUUUGGCAAUUUGGUGAGAACUUCCUUUGAGUAGCAAUGGAAAUGACUCUGAUUGAAAAUGCUCCCACAUAGAAUGUUCUAUUUGGAAUACAAAGCUUCCUUUCUAUCCGGAGCGUCAUUGAUUUGAUUUGGGUUGGAAGUUUGUUAGUUACACUGCACAUUCAUUGAUUUAA